GAUGGAGCCUCGGGACGCGCCGCCAGCUUACCCGCGCGCGGCGCCCCGCGCAUGCGCCCUGCCUGCGGUGACCGAGAGGGGCGGGGCGGGGCGCUCCCCGGCGGCGCCUCAGGAGGGAGCGGGGACACUGCGCGUGCGCCGUGGGGCGGCCGGGGAUCCUGCGCGUGCGCGCGGAGGAGCGCGGGUGGCGGGGGCUGCGGGAAGGCCGCUCGUGUGUCCGUCAGUCCGUCCGGCAGGGUACGGUCCCGCCGGCUCCAGCCCGCAGCCUUCCCUCCCGGGGCAGGCCUGCCGCCGCGGCACAGGGCGGGGGACGCGAGGAGCCGCCAGGAUGAAGCUGGUGAGGAAGGACCUGGAGAAGGAUAACGCGGGGCAGGUGACGCUGAUCCCCGAGGAGCCUGAGGACAUGUGGCACACCUACAACCUGCUGCAGGUGGGUGACAGCCUGCGCGCCUCCACCAUCCGCAAGGUGCAGACCGAGUCGUCCACGGGCAGCGUGGGCAGCAACCGCAUCCGCACCACGCUCACCCUCUGCGUGGAGACCAUCGACUUCGACUCGCAGGCCUGCCAGCUGCGCGUUAAGGGCACGAACAUCCAAGAGAACGAGUACGUGAAGAUGGGCGCCUACCACACCAUCGAGCUGGAGCCCAACCGCCAGUUCACGCUGGCGAAGAAGCAGUGGGACAGCGUGGUGCUGGAGCGCAUCGAGCAGGCCUGCGACCCGGCCUGGAGCGCCGAUGUGGCGGCCGUGGUCAUGCAGGAGGGGCUGGCUCACGUCUGCCUGGUCACCCCGAGCAUGACGCUUACCCGCGCCAAGGUGGAGGUGAACAUCCCCCGCAAGCGGAAAGGGAACUGCAGUCAGCACGACCGGGCGCUGGAGAGGUUUUACGAGCAGGUGGUGCAAGCCAUCCAGAGGCAUAUCAACUUUGAGGUGGUGAAGUGUGUGCUGGUGGCUAGCCCAGGCUUCGUGCGGGAGCAGUUUUGUGACUACAUGUUCCAGCAGGCAGUCAAGACCGACAACAAACUUCUGCUGGAGAACAGGUCCAAGUUCCUACAGGUCCACUCUUCCUCAGGACAUAAAUACGCGCUGAAGGAAGCACUCUGCGACCCAGCUGUAACUAGCCGUCUUUCUGACACUAAGGCAGCUGGUGAGGUCAAAGCCUUAGAUGACUUCUAUAAAAUGCUGCAGCAUGAACCUGACCGGGCUUUUUAUGGCCUGAAACACGUGGAGAAGGCCAACGAAGCCAUGGCCAUUGAUACCCUGCUGAUCAGCGAUGAGCUUUUUCGGCACCAGGAUGUGGCCACACGUGCCCGAUACGUUAAAUUGGUAGAUAGCGUUCGGGAGAACAUGGGCACAGUACGCAUUUUCUCCAGCCUCCAUGUGUCUGGAGAGCAGCUGGGCCAGCUGACAGGGGUGGCAGCUAUCCUGCGCUUUCCUGUUGCUGAGCUCUCUGACCAGGAAGAUGAAUCUAGCUCUGAAGAGGAUUGAUAAGAGUGACUUCAUUCUGCAGUUUCUUUUCCAUGUCAUGUUGAAAUGACGUUAAAGGUUCUCCUGACCUGAAUACUGGGUGCAGAUGUACCGCAACAUGUAAUUUAAAAGUUUUAAUAGUAAACAUAUACAUGCAUAUAUAUAGCUUCACUCAGCACACUACUUGAUACCUGAUGUAUGGUAAUAAUUAUUGGUAUGUUGUGCUAACUGACUGUUUCUGCAGUUCUGGACCACCAGCAGUACAAGAAACUAAUUUGGCUCCCCAGUGCUGCUUAGUCUGCAUGUUAAGGCAGACUGUCAACUUAGUGAAAAAAAUAGUAAACUAACAGGGGAAAAUUCACGUUAGUCUAUUUUUGUUCAAAUGCUUGAAAAAGUAUUGUGAAACAAAUGUAAACUUCUUGGAAGACCUGUCAAAACUGUGCUUGGUCUUCACAGGAGCUCCCUGUUAUUCAUAAGGUUUCAAAGGAGUUGGGUCAAUAUCAAAUCUUAGGGCUUUGUGUGGUGACGUAAGUCUAACCACUUAAAUAUUUCUGUGAAGCACUUCAAAUAGUCUUUCAGCAACAAGACCCUUUAAAUUAACCAUUUGUUUGCUAAGACAGUAGUAGAUGCAGGACAAAUGGUGACUCUCAGUGCACCCAUUGAGUUAUCUUUUUGAAUGCUGUUACCUUGGGAGAUUGUCCUGAAGACUAACAGGGUGCCAUUGACUGUAUUCUGCUAAACUGGCGUUAUUUAGCACCCAAUUCUGAGAAAGUGUGGAAGAAACUUAGAAAAUCAGGACUUUAGUUUCCACAAGGAAUCUUUUGAAAGCAAGUAGUUUAGGUAACUUCAUAAUCUGGUAUUCUAUUUGCAUAUUUCUUUUAAAACAUACAUAAACGGUGAUACAGAAAUAAAGAUGACAAAAUUAUAAAUCAGACUGCAGCUUAAGAUAGUGGCAACUGUAAAAGUGAGAACUACCUUUUCAAUUAUUUGAUCAGCUCAAAGUACUGAGAGCCAGAAAGAGCUUUCUUUCUUCACUGGGCAGUAAAUCUUGUGUAGAGGAAGCAAAAAAUGCUUUCAGAUUAAGACAUAACCUGUGGUUGUAUUGUUUCAAACCCAGGUUUGAUGAUAUGGUUUGUGUUUGUAAAUAGGCAUUCCUUUUUUAAACAUGAGGGAAGGUGAGAAGAGGAGCUACAGAAUAAUUCUGUAAUACGGAAAGUGUUGUAAGAGUGGAACAUUAAAAAAUAAAACAACCAAAACUCCUAGUCUGGGUAGAAUAGUUUUAGGAAAAUCAUUUUUAAGGAUAGUCACUCAAGGGUGCCAAUUCUUUGAAUUUAAUACUGUCUAUUGGUAGCUGAAACAUCAAUCUAAACUUCUUGAUACAGAAGUACUUUUGGAUUAAAGCCAUCUCCCCUCUUCUGCAUCAUCCACACAGUCUAAGAACUUCUCAAAAAGAACUUGUAUUAGAGCUGUAACACCUCAAUUCUUCUUUUGUUGAACACAAACAAGCCCAUUGAGACACUUGUUUACAUACAGUUUGCACACAAAUUAUGUUAUUAGAGCUUUACAUUUUUUGAAUGGUGUUGGGUGCCACAAGUCAUAGAAUGGUCAGGUAGGCCUUUUUUAGCAGUUAAGACUGCUUAAAUUAAGUUCUUUUUUUUUUUAAUUUGCCUAACUUUAUUACACACUUUUUAGCUAGAAAGCACCUUGAUUCCUCUCAUUACUAGUUCCUCAUUACAGAAAGCAGAAGAAAUUGACCAGGAAAUUUUAAUUAUAGGCAGCAGAUGAGGGCUUUAAAUAAACUCGUAUCAAAAAAAGUCUUUCAUUUCUCCAAGCUUUUAUAACAUAGGAUGGUAUUACUUUUUCUAAGUAAUGCCAGUUUGUUGCAGCUGAAUACAAAUGACAUAUUCUAAUUUGUAGUGCACCAGAAAUUCUUAGUUUUUCUCAACAAACUCUCUGAGAGACAAUCACUGUUCUUUGGUUGUGAGAUGGAUUGCUGUUUUAUCAGACCAGAUUGGUUCCAGUUAUUUCAUUGUGAAGCAGAAGUUAUGAAGAGUUUUUGCUGAUUACUACAUGAUUACAAUGGUGUUUUUGUGUUUUGUGCCUGUAGUUGCCAUCAAGGAAAAGAAGUAGCCAUUUUGUUGCAUUUUUUUUCAUCUGCUAAGAAAAUGUGACAAUAGUGAUUCUUUGAAUUUAUCCUUAGAAUUAAAAUUCUGCAUUGGCUAA